GGAAGUGGGGGCGGGGCCUCGGGCGCGGGCACGCGCCUGCGCAGAGCUGCGUCGCCGGAGUCGGCCGUGGCCACUGCUUGUCAAUAAUCAAGUGAAAGAUGAGUUUCAUUUACGGACUGCUGUCUACUACCAGAAGUUCUUUUGUUUUCCGGCUGAAUCCACUGGGCAACUGGAAAAAGUGGAACUCACUAGCAGUAACUUCAGCAUGCUGUCAUCAGUCACAAAGGCACCAUCUAGUAAACAGGUGCCAGGGGCUUACGUUAUUACAUCAGUGUGACAGGCUCACAUUUGCGCCUGCAGACUUUCAUUUUGACAGGACUUUCUAUAACAGAAGACCAGGAUUCUUCUCAAGGGCCCAAUGUAAGGAUGUUCAGGUGGUUACCCACAAAUGUUUCUUUUGGAGUGACUCUUUUCCAAGAUGGGCAUUAACUAAAGAGGGUGCAGUUUUUCUUGGGUGCCCUCUGAUGUUAUCUCCUUUAAGAUCUGUGAGGAAUUUCCACACUUCUUCACGAGUUCAAGCUGCUCCUGUUCCUCUCCUGUUGAUCCUUCUGAAGCCACUGCAGAAACUAUUUGCAAUCAUUGUGGGCAGAGGCAUAAGAAAAUGGUGGCAGGCACUUCCUCCUAACAGAAAGGAACUAUUUAGAGAGAGCGUGAGGAAGAAUAAGUGGAAGCUGUUUCUUGGUUUGAGUACCUGUGGGCUGUUAUUUGUAGUGUUUUAUUUCACUCACCUGGAAGUAAGCCCGAUCACAGGAAGGAGCAAACUACUAUUGUUGGGGAAGGAGCAUUUCAGACUUCUCUCGGAACUGGAAUAUAAAGCAUUGAUGGAAGAAUUUAAAGAUGACAUGCUAACUGAGAAAGACCCUCGAUAUCUAACAGUUAAAGAAGUGGUUUAUCAUUUAGUUGAAUGCAAUAAGGAUAUGCCAGGAAUCUCUGAGAUCAACUGGGUUAUUCAUGUGGUUGACUCCCCGGAUACAGUAAAUGCUUUUGUGCUACCAAAUGGACAAGUAUUUAUUUUCACGGGGCUCUUAAAUAGUGUAACCGAUAUGCAUCAGCUUUCCUUCCUUCUGGGCCAUGAAAUAGCACAUGCAAUACUUGGGCAUGCUGCGGAAAAGGCUAGUAUGGUUCAUUUAUUGGAUUUUCUAGGUAUGAUUUUUCUCACCAUGAUUUGGGCCAUUUGUUCACGAGAUAGUUUGGCAAUUUUGGGCCAGUGGAUACAGUCUAAAUUGCAGGAGUAUAUGUUUGAUAGACCAUACAGUAGAACGUUGGAAACCGAAGCUGAUAAAAUUGGACUACAGCUAGCAGCAAAGGCUUGUGUGGAUGUACGAGCCAGUUCAGUGUUUUGGCAGCAAAUGGAGUUUGCAGAUGUCCUCCAGGGUCACCCCAAGCUGCCAGAGUGGUUGUCUACACACCCUUCUCAUGGAAACCGAGCUGAGCACUUGGACAGACUUAUACCACAGGCUCUGAAUAUUAGAGAGGUCUGUAAUUGCCCACCACUUUCUGGACCAGAUCCUCGAUUACUGUUCAAACUGAGCAUGAAGCGUUUUCAUCAAGAAUUGGAAAAAGAAGACCGAAAUACCACUGUGAAGAAACAGAAAAUGGAUCCUCUUCUCACUCAAAAACAGGAGCAAAUACCAUUAACAUACAUAGUUGAGAAGCAAACCAGGAGUUGAAUUAAAAUUUAUGAGACUCAGAAUAUGUGAAGAAUACAGUAAUCUUUACCACUUUUAUGUUACUUUAAAGAAAAAUGAUGUUUGAAAUUAAAAAAAUGGAUGUUCAGGGUUAAAUCAUGUUUAUUACAGAUACUGUAUUAUCCAAAUUCUUGUAGGUAUUUAUUUUUGAUGAAAUAUUGAUAUAUUUUGAUCUGUUUUAAAAUACCUUCAAUGAGGAAACUGUCACAGAAUAAAUGUACGUUUCACGUC